UUAUUUACCCAAAAACUAAUUGCAUCUGGGGAAUAACAAUUAAUUUAUGUUUAUUCAACGAUUCAGCAAUAUUGAAAGUAAAUUGAACCUGGCGGGAGGUCGGAAGGUGGACAUUGCCGUCAGGAUGUAGAUUGGAAGGGGUGGCUGAUAAAAGUCGAGCCGGGGGUUGCGGUAAGGGUAACAGUCGUCGUCAAAAAAACUACCCCCGAGUGAAUAAAGGAAGGUGGUGAGGAUGAAAGUGUUUUAUCUCAACUCUAUUGAUUUUGCAAGUAUUUAAACUAACCUUUAAAAAAAGCGGCGUAAACAAAUAAGUAAAGAGAGGAAAUGAAUUCUUGCCCAGAGGUGUACGAGUUUAAGUUUAAUAGGAGAAAAAUAUUGUUAACCUCUUAGAGGUGGUUGGAAAUAGAUAAGGGGUAGGCGAGGUGAUUAAAAUGAGUAAGCCCCCUUUUAAAUUGUUCAUGCAAAUUUCCAUUAAAUUUUCUGAAAAAUCUCGUCUGAGGUAGCCUAGAUUCCAUCAACUGGAAUUAACCAUUCCAACGUCUCAAAUCUAGUCAAGGUUGUGAUAUGGCCGCGAAGGUACCUGAUUUAAAUUACUGUUGUGAGAUAUGCGGUGUGGAAGGGUUGACAGACGAAGAGAUGAGGGUCCAUGUUAUGAUAAACCAUGUCAAGAAUUCCGUUGCCUGCCCGUACUGCAGUCUUCCCACUGAGACCGAAGAAGAUAUGUUGGUCCAUGUCAACACGACCCACCUGGACUUCCUCACUCCCGAGCAAGAGAUCAUGACGUUCAUAGACGACAGCGAUGAUAUGUGCAGCCCCAUUUCGGAAAGUUGGCUGCCGAAAGAGAGCCACAGACUGAACAAUAAUAACAAUAACAACAACAACAUUGACUCUUACUACGACGAUAAGGAAGGGAAAAAGAAUGGGGAUUCUGUUGCCUGGAGCUCGCCCCAGAGGUCUCAGCUCGCUCUAAACCUCCGCUCAAGCACCUCGUCUUCACUGCCUAAACAGAAAUAUGUUAUGUUCGAAUGCCCACUGUGUUCUUUCCAAGUUGAUAAUGUCACUCACCUUGAAGAACACAUAAACCGACAACAUUUCGACCUCACGAGCCCAUCCGUAUCGGCAGAUUCACCUGUUAAGCCUUAUAAUUUAUACAACUGCCCUCUGUGUGUUAAAACGUUUGAAAACACUCCAGACCUGGAAUUGCAUGUUAAUAUCGAACACAAAGAUAUACUCAGCCCUGCCAAGCCCAUGCAAGAUUUAACAAGAGAAACAAAUACAAAUGAAUGUCCAAUUUGUUGCAUGACCAACUUCAAGACAACAGAUGAACUUGCUCAACACAUAGAUGAACAUUUCAACCCUAAAGGCAUAUCACCCCUCACUCCUGAUGUCUCUUGUGAUAGACUUCUCGCAAAAGAAAUGGAGAAAAGGGAUAAAGAAAUUCAAAGAUUGAGGGAGCAACAUGAAUUUGAACUUUUGAGGGCACAGUAUGGCAUGGAUAAUGAAGGUAAUUUCAAAGAGCAAAGCUUAACAAAUAUGCAGAGAGCAGUUUAUUCCGGUGAACUUUCAGUCGCGGAUUAUUAUGAAAGGCAGAUAGAACUCAGAAUGGCCGAAACCACAGGUGUAGAUGAUGGUAGUUCAUGUACCAAAGACAUAGUGGAUCACAUAGCAGCAGUAAGUGGGAGUUCCAGCACCAUAGCUAGGACUUUGCUUUGCACUACAGUCGAUCAUUACGCAUCUACUUACGGUGAUAGAGGUUGGGGUUGUGGAUAUCGGAAUACUCAAAUGAUGCUCUCGUCACUUGUUCACCAUACCGGCUACAAUGAACAGCUCUAUAAACAGUGGAUGCUAGGUAGCCGAAUAGGAGGCAGCGCACUUGAAUUACCGUCGAGGAGUGCGAUGCCAUCAAUUUCAAGACUACAACAGCACAUCGAAUGGGCCUGGAGUCAGGGUUUUGACACUCAAGGUGCUGACCAGCUAGGUGGCAAACUUGUAAAUACGAGGAAAUGGAUCGGUGCAACUGAAGUGGUCACAAUACUUUCAUCGCUUAGAAUUAGGUGUCAGUUGGUUGAUUUCCAUCGUCCAACACACGUAAGUGGAAGCCACCCGGACCUUUUCAGAUGGGUUAUUGAUUACUUCUCAGCAUUUGAUGAUUUCAAGCCUCCUCUUUAUUUGCAACAUCAAGGGCACAGUCGAACAAUCAUAGGUGUGGAACAGUUGAGGGAUGGCACUGAAAAUCUUUUAAUCCUCGAUCCAAGUCAUUCGCCAAUGCAGAUGGGUGGUAUAAGAAGCACAGUCACUGCCCCGAACGUGAUGCGGUUAAUAAGGAAAUCUCUAUCAGCCAUGAAAGCGAAACACUAUCAGAUCGUAGCCGUAGCCGGAAUAAUGGACAGUGAAUCCGAGUAUCAGUCGAGUAAAAUUUUGAGGUCGGUGAGGGUCCCACCAGAUCGAUGAUGAGAAAAUGAAAGAUCGAGUCAUUAGACACAUAGUUAUGUGCACUAAGAGGCAUUCAAUCAUUUCACUGUAGGUGUUUUCCGCUUAUUAUUAGGAUAAGUCCAGAUAGAGGAAAAUGCCGUAGAAGGGUAUACAAAGAGAGACAUUCUUCUGUAUAGCAUGAACUAAGGAAUGAUUAAUCAAACUUUUAUCUCACCAGCAAUUAAUAAAAAUGUCUGCCAGUAAUUAACUGCGUAUAGAUUUGUCAAGAGUAUUGUGAAGGUACGGUUGAUUAAUUGUGUCCAUAUGAUUUUUUUUCUCUAACUGGACCCGUUUACAAAAACACUGAACAUUUUUUGAUUUGGAGUCACUUAGAUGAGGAACAAACACUGGAGAGAAAAUCGCAGCAAAUGUGAGAGGUUGUUCAGCUUAGCAUACAAAUUAGUUUUUAGCUUAAACUAGCAGAAUUAAUAUAGUUGUUACAAACUGUAUUUGUUCAUUGCUCGUUUACAUACCUCUACAUUUUUUGCAACGUCUCUUUCUCUUUCACUUUCUAUUUAUAUAUAAAUAUACUUUUCUAUGCUGUGAGAAAAAAAAAGUCAAACCUUUCAUUACUCUUAAAUAGAAUGAUGAGAAUAAUAAUAUAAUAAGUGAAAAAAUAAGCUUUAUGUAGUUUUUAAGUAUGUAUUUGUAUUAGUUUUAAGGAAAGUAUAAAAAAGUAAUAUUUUUUACACAGUUGCAUGUUAACAAGGUUGACAAUCGUGAUAUUUCUUUUCUGAAGGUACAAGAGGACGAAUUAAUUUCAAAUUUGGUCCUGAUUUCUUACUGAUACUGAUUGUGGCCUAUGUAAGAUGUGAACUGAAGUGAAAAUCACACAAAAAAAACUAUUUAUUGAUUUAUUUAAAAAAGCAAUAUCGAAAUUUUGAUUGCACCAAAAGAUCUACCUGCGUAUAACUAGGGCAUUAUACAAAUCGGCUGUUUUGACGUUAACACCUAGCAGUGCUCACAUUUUUAUUAUCGUCACACAAAAUGCAAAUUUCUGUCAAUAAAUAUAAGGUAAGUGGCAAUUUUAUUAUUUUGAGCUUUUUAAGCUAAAACAAUGCCAUUUAAACACAGAUCAAUUAUCAAUGUUCUUAAUAUAACAAAAUUAAAUAAAAAUACCUGUUUUCCAUACAUUUAAUAAAACAUUUCUGCUACGCAAGAAACACUUCUUUUCUCAUUUGUUUUUUAAUUAUGCUUAAUUAAAUGUUGUUUCUGGCAACAAAAUUCAGAAAGCGAUAACUGCCUUUAAAUAUAGCUAACAAAAUUAACGAUUGUGUCUAUGUUAUUUUUGUACAUUCUUAAUUUUAUUCCGUUAUUAACAUAAAGUGCCAGCAGUCCCAAGUGAACCCUCACCUUCACUCCAUGGUCACAGGUUGUAUGGUUGAGAUCACGUUCUGGCCACAAUAGCGCUUUUCCAAUGCAUUCAACGCACAUUUCAGAUCACCUGGCCCAGAACAAAACCCCGAACGCAUUAGAACAUGAGAUUUCUUCGAGGGCCGCCUUAAAAAUUUAUUUAUUAGCACUUUUUCUUUUGUAAUAAUUUUCUCCCUUAUAUAUAUUUUUUGCCACUAAAUAAAUUAAAAAUUUAAAAAAAUUAAAAUAAAUUGUUCAAUUAUUUAUUGUUUUGUACGUAUAAAAUGAAUACCCGAGAGAACUGAAACAUUUUUAGAAUAUAUUCCUACGGCCUUUUUGUCAGGUGGUCCGCUGAGGUGGGACUGCUUGACGCCAGAAGAAGGAACCAUAUCCAAGGGAUAUGGACUGCUAACUUUUUUUUAAAAAUUGAUAUAUUUGUAAUUUACAAGAAAAGAAAAGAUCAAUGCUUUUGUUCAAUUAUAGAUGCUAAAAAAAAAAAAAUUAUUUUGGCCUGAAGGUGAAGGUAUGCAGGAGGUUGGCGCUUUACCCUAAUAAUGGUAUACUUUUUGAUUUUCAAAAUGUCAGCACCUUUGUCACACAUUUAUCAAGUUUUUUUUUUAAAUUAUCGAUCAAAGCCAAAUCAAUCUCAACUCAUUCAGGGAAAAAAUUGUGAAUUAGUUCUAAACAUAUCUGAUCAUCUUUCCCUUAACAGGAUUAACAAUGUUUUCUGCCGGUGGUGGUAUUUUCACUCUGAAAAGAUUUCACCAGGAUUUUUAUAGUGUACAAAGUUGAAAUGUUUAAAAAAUAUUAGUCCAACUUAGAUAAAUAGUACUUAUUCUCUAAAUACCCACACAAAAGUAAACAUUAAUCAUGAUGCCCUUUCAAUAUUUUUUAUAAGUUAAUAACACAAACAUUUCUUGUAUUUACAGCUUAACAGUUUUACAAUUUAUUUAUCUGUAAAUACAAAGUAUUAAUUAUCAAGAUUUAAAAUAAAUCUAGAGAGCAAAAGCAGCUGCACCAUUUUUUGGACACAUUUAGCAUUUGUUAACCUAGCAUAUUAAGAAUAGUGAACUUACAAAAGACAAUUUUACAGUGUAUCUAUGUUAUAUUAAAUAACCCAUAAAAAGUUAAUUUAUAUUGAAUAAAUUGUUUCUUUUACAGCAUACUGUGAUUUAUUGAUCUGUUAUAUGACAAUUUUUAUGUCAUCUCAAAUCCUUUAUAAGAUCAAGAAUUUUUUUCAUAUGUAACAUGAAAGCUUUAGAAAAAGAAACUCCUGGUGAAUUUUUAUUAACAUAAAUAUUUUAAGAAAAAUUAUUAGUCCUGUAAAGAAAUUUAGUGAAUAACUCAUACAAAAUCCAAUGUAUAUGUAAUAUUUUUGCUAAUAUUACAUAUUAAUAUAUAUAAAUAUGCUGAUUUUUCUGUAUUAUACAAAUGAAUUAAAUGGUGUUUUUAUUUUGUGAAAAUGGAAAUCCGAAUAAAUUAUAAGUCAAAAACUUCGAAAAUCAAAAGUUUAUUGUUGUUUUUUGUCUGAGAAAAGAAAUCAGUAAUUCAUUCAAGAAAAAAGAUGACUUCGUAAUACGAUAAUUAUAAGUAGAAUAAUAUUUAGUUUAGAUAUAGUUUAGAACAUAACUUAUAUUUUUUACAAUUAUGUUACAUUUGAUAUUAAUAAACACAAAUUAAAAGAAUUUAGUCCAAAUGUUGCAAAAUUCCAAAUUUUAACUGCCACUUUAUUGUUAGAAAAAUGAAUUAUCUUCAAUACUUCUAAAGUAUUUUUGAAAGAGAUAUUUGCUAUGUUAAUUCUUCCAAAAUUGUUGUGUAAUUAAAUAUAAAAGAAAAUUACAAUUUCAUUCUUUUAAACUCUUAUUUGAACAAUGCACAUGUUUCUAUUUUAUUACUAAAUUGUACAUAACAAAAUACUUGGUUUUUUUUUCCAAUGCCAAAUUUGCCAUAGCCUUUGUGCUAAAUAAUAUCCACCUGUGAUAAAUUUACUUUGUUAUUCUUAUCAUUUCAAUUUACCAAAUGUACAUCGUUUUUGUUAAUUCAAUUCACAAAUAUAUAAUUUUGCUUGAAGUUUA